AUGGGGAAGAACUUGCGUCAGAAAGUGACAUGCUCCCCAAUACAGAACCAUCCUGGAUUCAUGUGGGGACUUUUUGACAUUCUUAAGCAUAAUCAUUGGCGUUACAUCAAGAAACGUCUUCCUCACAAACGACCCCACCCUGCUGGUGCUAGACGAAGCAGUGCUUCUGCUGGAACAAAAAACGAAGUAAAUAACACACUUACAUCACCAGAUGGUAUAUCCGUAUCUAAGAGCAAGGUGGAUGACAAAUCAAAUGUAGGAUCUGUGAAAAGACCAAAGAAGCCUACUUCUUCUGCAGUAAAGUCUAAAGAGGAGUCUAACUCAAGGGAGAAACCCAAAAAGCAGCAUAACUCAGAGGACAAGUCCAAGAAUCUCAACUCAGAAGAGAAACGGAGAAGAACACAUUCUGAGAUAAAAAGGUCUGUGAAAGCUUUGAUUAAGUCACUUGUGGCAGAGGACAAGUCUAAGAAAAAAGGUCGUCACCACAGAAGCUCCACUUAUCCUGUCCAAUCAAACCCAAAGGAGAAGGAGUCACUGAGUGAACUAGACUCUUCUGAUAAGGAUUCCUCAAACGGGAACAAGGCUAUUGCCAUUUCAUCCUCCAUUGGUUCGUUGAACCCGCUUUAUCUCAUGUCCGAGGAAUCAAGUUACAGUGACAGCGAAGAGUUUAAGUUAGAGAACACCAACAUCCAAGUUGAUGAUAAAAGUGAUUCCAAGAAGAAGGAGGAAGCUUGGUUUGAUCCAAAGCUGAGACAUGAUACUAAGGAAGUCUCUGAGAAUGAGGAUGAUACAUCAUCACCUAGACAGUCAAAAGCAUGUCUUGAUGCUCUCAAUCUGAUACACAUGAAUAGAAACUUCUUGUUGAAAGUUUUGCAGGAUCCUGGUUCUCCUCUAGCUAAGCAUUUCCAGAGAGAACAAUCUUUUAGCUCUAAAACCAUGACUAGAGCCGGAUCUUUCCCUACUCAUCAUGGUAGCAAUAGAGAGGAUAAAAGUAACGCACCCACAUCUCCUUACAUAGCUGUAGAGCACACAAAAGAUGUUACACAGAAGUUAAAUGAAUCAGUGGAGAGAUUUGCUGAUGAAGAGGAUUCAUCUGGUUCUGGUUACACGAGGAAGAGAGGAAAGAACCACCAAGUGGUGAUCAAACGUUUCAAGGAUCUAAGACAGAAGAUAAAGCAUGUCAUUAACGAGAACAAGAGCGAGAAGCACCGUAUCACUAUGGAUGCUGUUUUAGACAAAGUACCUAGAAAGUAUGGAUUUUCAAAAGAUUUGAGACAAGACAUCUUGCCUCACUGUUCUGCUUCUACUAAGAAGGAAGGCGCUAAACCGAAGGAAAUAAGAAGGACAUCGUCUCUGUGUGGAUCGGUUGAUAGAUAUCUUCAGCUGUAUGAAAAGAGCUUCCAAAAGAGCAACAGUACUAGUUCAAAGUCUGAGGAACCAUCAGCGUUGUCUUGUAAGAUAGUUCCUAAAUUCUUGGGAAGGAUUCUUUCAAUGCCUGAAACGAAGUCUCCUUAUGCUUUGAAGACUGAGGAUCUUCCUGGCCAUUUCGAAACUUCAAGUAGAUCAAUGGAGCAAGAACAAGAUGGUCUGGACGACAUUUCAGAGAUCUCAGACGAUCACUUUCUGUCUUCAGAACAUGAUGAUCUGUCUUCUGACGCAGAAAAUACUAGGAUGGUUGAGACAGAACAAGACAGAGAAACCUCUACUCUUGAUGUUGAACAUCAAUCUUUGUAUGAAUCAGGAGACUAUCCUACUUUUGAUGAUUAUGCUUCUGAGUCUCACAUCCCACGUGAUUUGGAGGUACAACAGGAUCCUGAUGUAGAGACUUGUGCAACAAGCAAACAGUUAGAAAGCAUAACAGCAGCAGACAUAGACGAAUACCUUCAGAUAGAAGCACAAGAUAAAGUUAAAUUCAACUAUGUAAGAGACAUUCUCGAGAUCUCUGGUUUCAACGCACCUGAAUCACUCUCAAUGUGGCAAUCUGAUUACCAGCCACUAGAUCCAUUAGUCUACGAAGAAAUGACCACAACAAUAACAGCAAUAGCAGGAGGUAUGAUCCGAGAUUCUGAAUGUUCAAGAAACGAUGAAGAAGAAGCAGAAGAAGGCAGUAACUGCAACCACUUGCUUCUCUUUGAUCUAAUCAAUGAAGUACUAAUCGAAAUCUACGAAAGGUCUUACCAUUACUGUCCCAAGGCAUUGUCACCCCUAUGUAGAAUCCAUCCAAUGCAAGUGGGGUAUAGUGUUUUGAAAGAUGUUUGGGUUAGAAUAAGUUGUUACUUGCGUUACAAGCCACAUGAGGAGCAGUCGUUUGAUGAGAUUAUGAGUAGGGAUUUGAGGAGAGAUGAUGGGUGGAUGGAUUUGCAGUUUGAGAGUGAGUGUGUUGGGAUUGAAGUUGAGGAUUUGAUCUUUGAGGAGCUUCUUGAAGAACUGCUUGUAUCCGGUUAA